AUGCCGACACACCUCAGCAAGACCCGCAAACACAGAGGACACGUAUCUGCCGGCCACGGUCGUGUCGGCAAGCACCGCAAACACCCCGGAGGUCGUGGUCUUGCUGGUGGUCAGCACCACCACCGUACCAACUUCGACAAGUACCAUCCUGGUUACUUCGGUAAAGUCGGUAUGCGCCACUUCCACUUGACCCGCAACGCGCACUGGCGGCCGACCAUCAACGUCGACCAUCUCUGGUCGCUCGUUCCCGCGGAGGAGAAGAAGGGUCUUACCGCCGACUCGACUGUCGUCCCUGUCAUCGACACCCUGCGAUUCGGAUACGGAAAGGUUUUGGGCAACGGGAAACUCCCUCAACUGCCCUUCAUCGUCAAAGCACGAUUCGUUUCAGCCACGGCAGAGGCCAAGAUCAAGGAGGCUGGCGGCGUUGUAAAACUCAUCGCAUGA